AUCCAUAAAAGAAUAAAUAUCCAUUUAAAAGAUAAAUAUCAAAUUGUCUCAAAUUUGACUUUUCAUUGACGAUCAGAAAAGCAAAAAAAACAUCAAAAUGGAUGAAAACAGCCUCUCAGAACAACCCAAAUCCGCCAUGGAAACAACAGAAGAGCUCUUAAUCAAAAUCCCAUCAACAAUCAUCCACUUAAUAGACAACCAACAAAGCAUCGAGCUCGCAUAUGGCGAUCUGGAACUCAUCCUACUCCGUCAAAACGACGAAAACAUUGCCGUUUUAGCAAGAAUCAAAGAUCAACUCCAAUGGCCAUUAACAAAAGACGAAUCAGUCCUAAAACUAGACAACUCUCACUACUUCUUCCCCUUAUCAUCAAACGACGACGUUUUAAACUACGGUUUAACAAUCCCAUCCAAAGGACAAGACCAACUCCUCAAAAAAUUCGACUCUGUUUUAGAGAAAUACAGCGAGUUUAAAGAAGAGAGAGUAGAAGUAGAGAUAGAGGGUGAAGCACGUGAGUGGUGGGUGGUAGCAAGAGAAAUGGGACCGGAGGAAAUGAAGAGAGAUGAAGGUAAGAGAGAGAAGAUGGAGGAGAGUGCGGCGGCGUAUUGGACGACGUUGGCGCCGAAUGUGGAGGAGUAUAGUGGAAGUAUAGCGAGGAUGAUAGCGGAGGGAUCGGGGAUGGUGGUCAGAGGGAUAUUGUGGUGUGGGGAUGUGACUGUUGAGAGGUUGAAAUGGGGGAAUGAGUUUUUGAGGAGUAAGUUGGGGAAUAGAGAGAGUGAUGCUCAAGUUAGUCUUCAGUGUUUAAGGAGGAUUCAAAGGGUGAAGAGCAUGACAAAAAGGUCAGAAGAUGCAGCAACAGCAAUAUUGUCGGGGGUUAUAAAGGUGUCUGAGACUAUUACUGGCUCUAUUGUAAACUCUAGUGUUGGGAAGAAGUUCUUCAACAUGCUCCCUGGAGAAAUUAUCCUGGCCUCUUCUGAUGCUUUUCAGAAGAUAUGUGAUGCUGUUGAAGUUGCUGGAAAGAACGUUAUGUCUACCUCUUCACUUGUAACUACAGAUCUCGUUACAGAGAGGUACGGAGAGGAAGCAGCAAGAGCAACAAAUGAAGGGUUGGAUGCAGCGGGACAUGCAAUAGGAACAGCUUGGACAGUGUUCAAGUUAAGGAAAGCUAUUAAUCCUAAGGCUGCUUUAAAGCCUUCUACCCUUGCUAAAGCUGCUGCUGGAAAGGUCAAAAAAGCAUUGUAAUAUUAUAGGUAGGCCUAUGCAAUGGGUCGGAUAUGGGCCUGGUCGGGCUUUAUUAAAUAUGGGCCAGACCGGGCCUUACAAUAUAAAAGAUGGGCUUCAAAACCAGUUUGCCCCCGCCCAUUUAACUAAUUAUAGGAAUGAAUCAUUUACUGUUUUUUUUUUUUAACUGUAAGUGUUGAUAAUAAUAGAUAGCACAUGAUUUUCUUGGUAUCAUUUACUUUUUUUUGGAAGUGGAAGUGCUGAAGAUAAUGUAAUGUUAUGUUUUAUAACCAAAUCUCAAGUAGCAUUCUUGAAUGUAGGAUUGCACAAUAGUUGUCAAACAAUUGAAUUUCUCGAAGAACACCUAACAUUGCUAUGCAGA